AUGCACACACUCGCACAACCCAUCACCAUCAUCUGGAGUAAGACCCUCAAUACAACCGCUGGACGCGCCCUCUAUCGCAAAUCCAGUAACAUUGCAGAAAUUGAAUUAUCCUCCAAAGUCAUUGAUUGCCAAGCACGUCUUGAAGCGACUUUGGCGCAUGAGCUGUGUCACCUUUUGACGUGGAUCGUAUCGGUUGAUUUUACGCACCCACAUGGUAAGGCCUUUAAGAAACAUGCUGCAGUGACCAAAUCCCGCAUGGGCAUCACUGUAUCCGUCAAGCAUGAUUACGAGAUUGAUUACAAGUAUCAAUGGAGCUGUAUCGAGCCGGAGUGUGGGAAGAUCUUUGGCAGGCAUUCCAAGAGUAUUGAUCCGUCCAAAGUGUGCUGUGGUGCUUGUCGUGGAAAGCUGAUCCAAGUCAAGCCCAAGCCACGAUUGCAUACAACGAGCCUGGAGACACCUGCUCGAAGUACGGAUGGUCUGAGCAAGUACAAAAUAUUCUUGCGUGACAACAUGGAUAGUGUCAAGGCAUCCCAUCCAGGGCUCAAAUAUGCCGACUUGGUCAAAAUCAUUGCAGCGCAAUAUCAAGCGAGCAAGCAGACAUCAGAAACGCUCAAACUGCCUGACAUAGCAGCUUUGAGCUUGUCGUAG